AUUUAAAUCCUACUGAUGAUCAAAUUCGUUCAGCUAAAAUUAUUUGGCAAGCUGCACAAAGUAAACUACAUGCUGAAGAACAAUUAGCCAUUCUCAAACAACGUAUCUAUACGAAACGAUUACCAUCAUCAUUGAAUAUUCUCGAUCAUUCCAUCGAUAAUGUUGAACAUCUACUCAAACAAUCCAUAAUCAAUCGAGAUAAAUC